AACGAUUCAAUUAAUGCUUGUUUAUGUUUAUGUUAAGUAGUUAAUGUCUAUUAUUAUUUAUUUUUCUACUCACAAUUGUACAAAGCACAUUAUUUAUCGCUAUUCUUUGUGCUCUGCUCAGGGCUUACCUACAUAUAGUUGUAUAGCUCCUUCUAUUCUAAUACGCAUUGCAAUUUUAUAGACUUGAAAUGCACUUCCUUCACGAUUUUGAUCCCGAAACAUCUGCACGUGAAAGAAGAAAACUUAAUCGGAAAAGCUAUUUUAUGAAUCGUAAUAAAAAUAUUUACAAUGAACGAGGGCAGAUAGCUGCUACAGGCAGAGACCUUUGCGAUUGUUUGGAUGAAAAAUGCCCUGGUUGCCAUUUUCCUUGUACAAAAUGUACAUCAACAAAAUGUGGCACAGAGUGCAGAAUAAAUAGAAAAUGGAUGUAUGAAAAAAUUGAAAUUGAAGGCAAUGACUUUUGUAUAAAGAACAUUUAUAAAAAUAAAUAAUGCAUAAAAGAAGUUAAUUAAAAGCAAGUAACUUAAAGAAGUAUUCAACUUCUAGUUCCCCUUCCUCUGGAAGAUCUGUGCAAUGUACUGCAUUGUGUAAAAUGGACUUUCCAUACUGUGCUCUGAUUGAGUUUGGAUAUAACUGGCGACACAACUCCUGAAAUAGAGAAAUAAAACUUUAUGGAACAUUA